AUAAAGUGGGUAAAGUGUGGUGACGGAAGUCCUUUGCGGUGUUUGGCUGGGACACUGCAGACCUAUCUAAUAAUAGACAGGCUACCAUGUCGCUGCUGUCCCUCGCCUUUCUGCUGUUUUUCAGAGGGUUUACUUUUUCUGAGGCAGGCAACUGUGAAGUGUGUGUGGGCUUUCUCCAUAGACUGUAUGGCAGUCUGACCUCAACCCACAGAGAACUCACUCCCAGCCUGGUGGAGGAAGAGCUGAUCCAGGCCUGCAAUAACGCACAGGGGAAGGAGGCAAGGCUGUGUUACUACCUGGGAGCCAGUAGUGAUGCUGCAACCCGUGUCAUUGCAUCAGUGUCUCGACCUCUGGCCUCUCAUGUCCCUGUUGAGAAGAUCUGCCAACGCCUCAGUGGCAGAGACACACAGAUCUGUCAGCUUACAUACGAGCCUCAGCUGAAGGAUCUGAGCAGUGAUGGCCUCAAAAAGCUGAGAGUCGCAGAGCUGAGGAACAUCUUAGCCUCAUGGGGAGAAGAGUGUCGGGGGUGCCUGGAGAAACACGAGUUUGUCAGCCUCAUACAGGAGAAAGCGCUACUGCAUGCUCACAGUAUGGAACUAUAAAUAGGAAUUAAUAUAUAAUGUGGAAUAAUUUAUCCACACAGCAAAAAGGCAACACACACUUAUAUUAAACCAUACAGACCUUGUUAAUAUAUUUCACUAUGUCACUGGAACGUAUUUGAUUGUUCAUUGUUAUGUUGAUACUACAUACUGCAAUGCAUUACUGUUAACUAAUUCAGGUUCUCAAAUUACUUCAUUCAUAUAUUAAAUAAAUAAUGACAGGUCAGAGGAACAAACUGCGACAACUAUGUAUUUCCACUGAUGUGCAGCUGACUGAUAGCAGCAUGACCAACCUUAGCACAGAUUCUUCAUCCAUUCAUUUUACCUCCACUUACUAUCUUGCCAUCACAGUUUAGCUCAUAACUAAUCAUGGAUAAGAUAAGAUGUAAGAUAAGAUGUUCUUUUAUUGAUCCCCUGUAGAAGAAAUUCAAAUCAGACAUAGCAACAUAGGGGAAUGUAGUGCAAAACGUACAGAAGUGUAAAAAUACAAUAAAGUAUAGAUGUAUAGAAAAUAUAAUAGAAAAUAUAAGACUAUUAAUGAAAAAUAUAUACACAUGUAUGUAUUGUAUGCUACGCAAUCUCGGCACAGUCUCAUUGUUUAAGUAUCAUUUUUAAGCUUGCAUAGUGGUACAAGUAACAUAGUUUGAGAACCAAUGCUUGAUAACAUUUUAUGAAACAGUCAAAAAUGGGUGACAUCUUUAAAUGUGCUUGUUUUGGAGGACAAGCUCUCUAAAACCCUUACAGCGAUAUGAAAAAUAAAAAUGACAAACAGUAUAUUUUAAGAUGAAGUCAGUAAAUAUUUGAUGUUUGAUAUUUUAAAGCUUGAUAAAAAAAAUUGUUGCCAAUUAAUUUUCUGUAAUUUUGACUGUAUUUUGGAAGAAAAAAUGUAUUAUUUUGUGUUAUAUUUUCCCCUAUACUGGGCUCUGCAGAACCCACAAUCUCUUGUUUCAUUUCACAAAAGAAUGCAACUGUACAAGAACUUUGUCUAAAGAAUAUACAGGCUAAUCUGAUCAAAGAAUGAUGCCUACUUUCAGUACCAACACAUUACAGUCAGGGGCAUAUCCAGAGGAUAUUAUCUUUACCUCUUCCACUCCACACUCAGAAGUCUUUCAGAGGCUGUAGUGGGCUAGAGUGAAGAUACCAGUAUCAUAUCAAACUAGAUGACCUAAUGCAUCCAUUCUUACCAAGCCUAUGAGGAAGGGGAUUAAAAGCACCAAAGGCAAAAUUUUGGUGAUGGAAAAACUGGCAAUGCCAUUUUCAAAGGGAUCUCUUGGCCUCUCUCAAGAUAAUGAAGUGGCAAGUUCUAGGGGUACCCAGGAUUUUGGGCGUGGAAUAAAUGUGUUAUUUUUGCCUAGUG